CUAAACUUGGGCAGAAGCGGAGCGGCGGCGCAGCGGCCGGCGGCGGUAGCUCAGAGCGGAUCUGUGACAGUUAGGAGUUAAAUGGCGGCCCGAAAGCACUGAACCAGGAGGCGGGAGGAUGUCUGCGGAGGUGGACCUGCUGCUGCAGGAGGCCAAGGAGAGCAUCGAGGCGGCCCAGAACUACCGCAGCGAGCUCCAGCUGCGCCUUCAGGGCCUCAACCAGGCUCGCAAACAGAUCCGGGGCAGCUCGGGUCAGGCCCGCGAGGCGCUCAAGAGGCACUUCACCGAGCUGCAGGCGGCGGCGACCCGGCUGCUGUCGGAGCGUCUGGCCGGCCUGCUGGCCGAGGUGGACGCCAUCGAGGCCGACAGCGUCAAACCUCUGGACGACUGCCAGAGCCUCAUCGAGCACGGCGUGGGGCAGGCCGACGAGCUGCUGAGAGAGGGAGAAGCAGCUCUGCGCUGCGGCCUCGGAGAAAAGGAGGACAAACUGGGCAGCUUCACGAAGAAAGCCAUGCACAUCCAGCUGGACAGCCUUCCUGAGGUGCCGGCUUUGGUGGACGUCCCGUGUGUUUCGGCCCAACUGGACGACUCCCUCCUGAGCGUGCUGAGGGACAGAGUGUCCCGCCACGGCUGCGUCUCGUCCCAUCCGCCCGUCCAGAUAGACGAGCUGCAGGAGAGGCCGGGCAGCAUCUUGGUCCGCUGGUGCAAGGUGGACGAGGACUUCGCGGCCGCAGACUACCGGCUGCAGUACCGGCGGUCGGGCACCGGGGGCAGCCAGUACGAGGACGCCUACAUCGGCCGGGAUUGUGAGUUCCUGAUUCUCCACCUGGACCCGCACACCGAUUACUUGUUCCGGGUCUGCGCCCGUGGAGAGGGUCGCACCGAGUGGAGUCCCUGGAGCAUCCCGCAGACGGGCUACACCACCCUGGCUCCACACGAGUGGCGUUCGGGGACGGAGGGCUACAUCCUGAGCAGCAGGAGAAACAUCGCCCUGCGCAACGACUCGUCUCAGAGCCGCUGCCCCGUCCUCUACUCCGACGCCCCCACCUACUUCUGCGGCCAGACGCUGACCUUCAAGAUCUCUGCAGCGGGUCAGACGGACCGGCUGGACGGCCUCGGCGUGUGCAUCGACAGUCAGAGCGGGGAGGAGUCGCUGCAGAGAGACCAGGCCGUCUGCAUCUCCACCAACGGCGCCGUCUACGUCAACGGAAAGGAGAUGACGAACCAGCUGCCGGCCAUCGGCGUGGGCUCGGUGGUGACGUUCGACAUGGAGGUGGUCAACCUGCUGCCCGUCAGCAACAACAACAACCUGAGCGAGGGCGGCCACUUCAAGCUCAGGGUGACCAUCGGCUCCGGGAACAGGGAGGUGGUCUUUGACUGGCUGGUGGACCAGGCGGUGGACUGCCUCUUCUUCGGCUGCUCCUUCGUCCACUCCGGCUGGAAGGUGCUGGUGUUUUAGGAGGACCAGCCGUCCACUUCCUGUCGUCCCACAGAGGAUUCAGGGG